AUGUCAGUGAGCAAAAUGGCGAGCGGGACGCCGGCCCAUCAUCGCCAUGCUACUCCGAAGCCCACCGUGGCAGAGCGGCCGCAUGGGCAUAAGGAGGCGCCCCUGCAGGUGAUACCUAUGACCAAUUUUAUGCCAGGGGACAGUCCCUUCGCCACGUGGGACCAAUUUCAGUCCGCUAUGAGUGUAAUAAGAACUGUUAUAGGGCGAACCGUGCAAUCGGGCGCAACGAUUCCCAUACUACCAGCAGACAGCAGCACUAUACAGGCCUUUUUGCUGCGCAUCGAGCGCCGGUACACCCAGAUGGGAUUGGAGCCGCGCGAGUGGGGAAAUGCACUUAUUGACCACCUUGUGGGCCCGGCUCUAACGUAUUGGAUGUAUUUAUGGAGAACUAUCGACCUAAGCGACUGGGCGACGGUACAGCGCAGGCUUUUGGAGCGGUUUGACAAAACAAUGUCGCAGAGUCAAUUGUUAACGGAGUUGGCUAAAGUACGGUGGAAUGGUAACCCGAAGGAAAACACGGACCGGUUUGUGGCUGUAGCGGAGCGUGGUUUGGGUCUUGCCCCCGACGAACUCGCUGAUUAUUAG